AUGCUUAGUGUAGCUUACUACUGUAUAUUGACUUCUUUUCUCACAACUAUUAUUGCUGAAAGCGUACAUUGGCAAUGGCGAGAACUUGUGUGCAAAUCGAAAGGCGAUAAAAGUUUGAAAGAUGCUUCAAAGUGCGAAUUGCGGCUUAAGGAAACGGAGGAUGAUCCGAACGCUCGAAUAGUCCCAUUAGAUGUGUGCUUUGACGAGACAAUGAAUGGCCAACCACGUCACUAUUGCAAUAUUCUAUGCCCCGGAGCGACUACUGCUUAUCGCAUCACAAGAUUUCCACAAAAUCACAAGACAUGUUUCUCACACUACACGUAUCGAAUUGAACGACGAGGAGAGAAUUUCUUCAUGUGGAGAGACGGAAAAUGUCGCACCACUGACAUACAGUUCACAAUACGUUGUGAAUUUUCGUCGCCUCGCGCUGAAUUCCUUAGCGACGACGAUCUGUUCGCCGGAAUUCGGAAGUCUCUUUCAUGA